AUGGAGUCUCUACAGCACAAGGAAAGCAUCACAAAGGUCUCUCUAGCUGAGAUUCUGAGGUGUUUUGAAUGCUCUGUAAGUGAGGAGCAAGCCUGGGCUAUCUGCUUUCAGUGUUGCAGUAAAAUGGAGCAGCUGGCUCAGGGGCUGUGCCCACCACUCCAUUCCGUGUUCAUAAAAGGUCCUGGAAGCAUUUUUAUCCAUGCAGAUGGUACAGCUUCCUUCAAGGUGUACCACAAGUCUGAUGUUGGCAGCAUUCAGCAGUCAGAGGACAAGCUACUGGAGCACUUGGGAAUGGUGAUCUAUGAAGCCCUGGACUGGGGAAUCGACAGCCAAAUGGAGCGAGAAUUGAGUCAGCCUUUGGAGAAACUGCUGUGCCUCAUGUUGAAGCUGGAUGAUGAGGCAAUGAAACCAGCAGUCACCCUGCAGGAUGUUAUCAAGGCCUGUGAGGAGCACUUGUCUAGGCCUUCUGAGGCUACCAGCUAUUAUGAAACGACCUGCAGGAGUCUGUUUACUGACUAUAUGGAACUUGAGAAGCUUGAGACCUUCAUCAGGACUUCCAAAGAGAGUCUGAGAAAAACGGAUGUGGAAGAUUUGGUGGGAAACCCCUUUCAGAAGAAGGGAAAACACUUGCCAGAUGUUGACUUGUCCCUCAUCCAUUUCUCCUAGGCAUCCCUGUGGCCCAGUGUCAUCCAUGAGCUGCAGAGUGGUGUGAGGCUGCACAAGGCUACUGAGCGACCACAGCGUCACAUGCCUCCAAAAGAACAUAUUUGCUCUCCCUAUGAAUUACUUUUGGAUGAUAUUCAGCACAAGAGGUAUACUCUUCGGAAGGUGGUCAUCGAGCAAAAACACAGGACCUCCAAUGUUGGUGUAGCUGCUCCCAAGCCUCAUCUAAAACCUGUGCUGGAGAAGAAGCUGAAAGAAUGUGUGCCAUGGGAGUCCAGCUGGCAUGAACAGCUCACAGCAGACGUAAAAUGGCCACAGAAGCUUCGAUCAUCAGCAGCAAGGGAAAAUGAGAACAGACCCAAAGAAGUGUUUAAGACACCAAAUAUUGACUUGAAAUCUCCAAGAGAGAGUUUCUUAACUCUCCCAGAUGUCAGUACAGAGUUUAAAAUUGUCAACACUACAACACAGCAGCUGGGACCAGGAGUUCGGGAAGAAUUUUGUGAAGCUUGUUCUCGAACAAAUGAAACUUUGGGACUAGUAUCCGCGUUGAACUUGAGUUUUGCUGCAAAUGAUGCAUAUCCUCCCAUGAGUGCACCUCCAGUAGAAGAAAAUGAGCCUAACAGUUUCCUGAAUGCUGGCCAAACGCAGCCACCUCCUUACAGAGGAAGGUCCAUAUCUUUAGAGAGAGGCCUUCAAAACAAGGAACAUAUCUGCUUCAGCUGCCAUAAGCAGAUGUUUCUUAAGUGGCCUUACAGCUGUUACCUCUGCAGCAGUGUUGUCUGCUGUGACUGCUGCAUCAAGAUGUCCAUGCCCUCCAGAAUGUGUGUACAUCUCCCACUUUGCUUCCUAAAACUUUUGAAACUCUACAGAGAGGAAGACUCAGCUACUCAGGAGCAGAAGAGCACGGAGUUGCUGCAUAAAAUAGAGCACUGGAAGUGCUUGAG